AUGAAGUGCUUCUCCUGGAACGUUCGAGGCCUGAAUGGCGAUACCAGGAAAUUAAAAGUAAAGCGGUGGUUUUUGGCAAACCGGCCUCUUAUUGGCGGUCUUUUGGAAACACAUAUACAACAACAAAAUGUGGCAAGCUCAAUCAAUAAUCUUUUCCCUGGUUGGAGGUUUGAUAGUAAUCACUCUACAGAAGCGGAAAAUGGAAGAAUCAUUGUCGUCUGGGAUCCUAUUCUUUCUGUUAUCACGUAUUUGAAGACGCCGCAACUUAUUUUGGUAGGAGUCCUCAAUCCUUCUACACAUCAGUCUUUCACCAUAGUCUUCAUUUACGCUCGGAAUACUAGAGAAGAAAGAGUGCCACUCUGGGAUCUUUUGAAGGAAUUGGCAUCCUCUUCUCUUGUAUCUUCCUCUCCUUGGAUCGUGAUGGGAGAUUUCAACCAAAUCCUGUCUAUCUAUGAAGCGUACUCUCUAGUUCCGACUUCUAUCUCUUUGGCGGGUAUGGUUGAUUUUCAGGAUUGUAUUGAUGCUUGCCAUCUUUUUGAUCUAUCUUCUCGAGGGUGCUUCUAUACUUGGGAUAACAAGUCUCUCUCUAAUCCCAAGGCAAGGAAAUUGGACAGAGCCUUAAUUAACGAGCCAUGGCAGGACUCUUUUCCAAAUGCAAAUGCUCUUUUUGACGCUCCAGGAAGCUCAGAUCAUUCACCUUGUUUGGUUUCUCUUUCCACGGAAUCUUCAAGGAGGAGAACCAGAUUCAAUUUCUUUGCCUUUUUCACUCUUCAUCCAGAUUAUCGGAAUCUGAUAGAAUCGGCUUGGAGUUCAGUAAGCAUUUCUGGAGGUGCCACUUUCUCUCUUUACCAACGAUUGCGAGCAGCUAAGGUGUGUUGCAAAGGGUUAAAUCGUUCAGCUUUUAGUAAUAUCCAAGCUCGAACUAAGGAAGCUUUCGAGAAGCUGGAAUCGAUUCAGAGAGAGCUCCUUUCUGAUCCUUCUCAGACUCUUUUUCAAUUGGAAUCAGAAGCAAGGAAGUCUUGGGAACUUCUGUCUUCAGCAGAAGAAUCUUUUUUCAAACAGAAUUCUCGAAUCAGAUGGUUGAAAGAAGGAGACUCUAAUACCGGAUUCUUCCACAGAUCGGUUAAAGCCAAUCUAUCGAGGAACAUUAUUCAUCAUUUGAGGGAUGGCAAUGGAGUUAAAGUCUCUAAUACUGAACAGCUUAAGGCAAUGGCGGUUGAGUAUUAUCGUACCCUCCUGGGAACCCCUAAUUCUCUAGUCCAGCCUUACUCAAAACAGCAGAUUCAAGAGAUUCAUCCCUAUCGGUGUGGAGAUAGUAUGGCGAGUAUGCUAUCAGCUAUUCCUACGGAUGAAGAAAUCACUAAAGCUCUAUUUUCUCUCCCAAGAAAUAAAGCCCCAGGUCCAUAUGGGUUCACUGUGGAAUUUUUUACUUUCUCUUGGGAUUUGGUUGGCUCUGAUUUGGUGAAAGCAGUUAAAGAGUUCUUCAUUGGUUCCUUCAUUCUGCGACAGAUCAAUGCAACGGUGAUAUCCUUAAUUCCUAAAAUUCCAGGAGCUGAGGAUUUAAGAAACUUUAGACCCAUCUCCCUUUGCAAUACAGUCUACAAGGUUAUCUCCCGGAUUUUAUCCUCGAGACUCAAGAGACUAACCCCUAAAGUGAUGCAAAGAAAUCAAGUUGGUUUCGUGGUGGGUAGGCUUCUUUAUGAAAAUGUUCUACUGGCUUCAGAACUUGUAAGUGAUUUCAAUAAAGAAGGCAACACCACAAGACGCUGUCUUCAAAUCGAUAUUUCCAAGACUUAUGAUAAUGUGGAUUGGCGAUUUGUUCUGGCUAUCUUGGAAGCGCUUGAACUUCCACCGAUCUUCAUCAAUUGGAUCAAACUGUGUAUCAGCUCUCCCUACUACUCAGUCUCGGUGAAUGGUGAAUUGGCUGGGUUCUUUAAAGGGAUGAAAGGGUUAAGACAAGGAGAUCCUAUAUCUUCAUCUCUCUUUGUCUUAUCGAUGGAUAUUCUCUCUAAACUGAUGGAUAAGGCAUUCCUGAGUGGUCUCAUUAAUCCUCAUCCGUUCUGCAAGGAUCCUCUUGUUACUCAUCUCAGUUUUGCAGAUGAUGUUCUAAUCUUUUUUGAUGGCUCAGAAAACUCUUUAAGAGGCAUUCUUCAGGUGCUAAAGGAGUUUGAAGGAACCUCUGGUUUGGCCCUUAGUCUUCAAAAAUCAUGCCUCUUCCUUGAUGGGAACAAUCUUGACCUCACUCGUCAGUUAGCCUCCACGUUUGGAUUAGUUCAUGGAUCUCUUCCAGUCCGCUAUUUGGGGCUUCCUCUUAUGCCACAUAAGUUAAGGCCCCAAGAUUACCAACCACUUAUUGAUAAGGUGCGUUCCAGAAUCUGCUCCUGGACUGCAAGGCAACUCUCGUUUGCGGGAAGGUUGCAGCUUAUUCAAUCAGUAAUCUAUAGUAUCAUUAACUUCUGGUCAGCGGCGUUCCCCCUACCGAAGAAGUGUUUGGAUACUUUGAAAAGAAUGUGUAAUUCCUUUCUUUGGAAUAGUACACCGGAUUCUGCAAGAGGAGCGAGAGUCUCUUGGGCUUCGGUUUGCUCUCCUAAGAGCACAGGUGGACUGGGUUUACAAAGAUUGGAAGAUGUGAAUCAAAUUUUUGGACUAAAAUUAAUUUGGAUGAUCUUUGCUUCAAGUGGUUCUCUCUGGGUAGCUUGGGCUUAUAAACACAUUCUUAAAGGAAGAUUAUUUUGGAAUCCCUCUCUUCAAGUUUCAGGUUCCUGGAUUUGGAAAAGCUUAUUAAAGCUACGAGAGGUGGCUAGACCCCAUUUGUUCUGUAAAGUCAACUCGGGAACCUCGGCUUUGUUUUGGCAUGAUAAUUGGACUGGGUUGGGACCUCUUAUUGAUCUAACAGGAGCAAAUGGCCCUCGGAUCACAGGGAUCCAAAGAUUGGCGACUGUGAGUCAGGCGUGUAGUAAUUCAUCUUGGUCCAUCUCAGGAGGAAGACAUCCUAUUCUAAGGUUUCUUCGUGACUGCCUUCCUCCUGAAAUCCCAGCUUCUCUAAAUACAAGCCAAGACGUUUUCCUUUGGAAAAAUUCUCCACUAGACUCUCCUGGAACCUUCUCGUCUUCAAAAACAUGGGACUUCCUUAUCCGACAGGCCCCAUUCUUGCUUGGUCUAAACCGUUAUGGUUUAAGCAAAGGAUCCCUAAGCAUGCAUUCAUCAUGUGGAUAG